AUGAGGUAUUUUGCCAUUCCGGUACUUCUGUGUCUCUCCCAAUUGGUCAUACAAGGACUCGCGACAGCGGAGAGAGGCUCGACAGAGAGGAUCCUAUACUACUCCAGCUAUCUGGCCGAGGGAUAUCUCGGAGUCGCACCGACCAUCGCGCCGGGAUGUCGUGGUGUCCAUGGUCGUUGCAGUUUCGAUGAAUUUCUAUCGUACGUUUGGGAGCAAUCUCCGAACGAGAGGACGGGCCGGCCGACCGUGUCAAUAUUCGAGGGCCGUCCCAGACAUUCGAAUGCUACACCAUUCAAGUUUACCGACCAAACAGCAAGAAAUUUGAAUGACAUGAUAGGGCGUAUCAAUGGCUUCAAGGGCGGAACCAUCAAUGGCAACAUCGAUGUUGAACGGCUCAUGCCUGGUGUUGGAGACUUUUACGACUGCCUCGCUCGAGCUGGCAACCCAAUCUCCCAAGGCGCAGACUAUUUGGAGGCGAACCGUGAACAGAGGGAGUCGGAUCGUCAAGCCGCUGCGAAAGCAGACGCAGACGCCGAAAAGAUUGGCGGACAGGAACACGAAGAUCAAGCCAGUCGUGACGCAAGAACCGCAAGGGACGCUCGUAUCAAGGCCUAUGACGAGCUCACGAAGAUCGUCCCGUUCGGAAAAGAUACUGCGCGUGUGAACUAUGAAUUGCGUCUCAAAGACAUGGAGAUAGUUAAAGGAAAGGAGACCAAAACCUCCGGGGGUAAGCGUCUCUCGACGCUUGCAGAAUUUCUUGGCCUCGAACAAGAUCAGAUAUCUGAGAAAGGCCCUAACACAGCGAAUGUGGCGAAGAGCUAUGAUGUUUUCAGCUCUGAGAAGGCGCUUGCAUUUCGCACGGAAGAACAGCUGGACGAUGCCCUGAGACGAUUCGCAGCGAUCAAAGGGGUACCGGAGCAUAUGAAAGCGCUUGAGUCUGCAAAGCAGGCUCUCCGUGGCGCGGGAUGUUGACAUGGUUCUACGGAGUGCAUCCACCACACUACAGGAACCUGGCUGAUAGCUUUCUUACAAGUUGUCUGGCGUAUUUGGACACAUGGCAUCUUGACUUGAAACAACAAAAGAGUCCAGCAUUGAUGAGUCAAGUUGAGACCCCGUGUUACAGGCGAACAGUGAUCGACCGGUCUGUUUUGUCGCGUCAUCGAUAUUGAUCUCACAUUUAGUUGCGACUCUUAGGUUUGUCGGAGACACUCUUUUCGUGCGAGAUCGAAUUUGAAUAGUGCUUACUCGUGUACUGUACUAUAUAAUGGCG